AUGAGGUCGGGCGGAAGGAAGGGAAAAUCCAAGGCAACACUGCCAACCCACAAUGUCAGUAAACCUGCAAUGUCAACCAUGGGCAAGGCCAGAUCAUUCCCACUCUCACCUUAUAUGGUGAUAAUGUCAGUGUUAUUUUGGUCUUGCAUGGCAUUUUCAUCUUUUAAGGGUUUCCAGUAUGCUGCUGUUCACAGAAACAUUAACGAUGACGACUUAAAUGGUUUCUGUGAUGCUGUGUUUAGUAAAACACACGAAGAAAAUAUAAAGUUUGCAGAUAUGUACCCUAAUGGAGAAGCUAUGCCAUACAUCAGAAGAAUUGGCUCAGAGAAGUAUGCAGAAACUUUUCAAGGGGAAGAGGCUCCAAAAGAGUUAUCACAGAUACCGCCUAUUGUUACGGCUAUUUCCUCAGAUGACUUUUGGAUAAUACAGGGCCUGAUAAAGCAAUUGAUUGAAGGGAAUGAGAAAGGCUCAGGUCUUACCAUCAAACUGGUCGUGUUUGACAUAGGACUAUACCAGUCAGAAUUAAAUUUGCUGAAGAAACAUUGCCAGUGCGAUGUUCGGACAUUUGAUACGAGUGUCUACCCACAGCACGUAGCGGAUUUUGCCAACAAAGCAUACCGUCCAAUAAUUAUCCAGCUCAUGUUAGAAGAGUUUGGUUCAGCUAUCUGGAUGGAUCCGGAUGUCCGCCUGCAGUCUGUGUCAGACCUGACCAUGUUGAAGUAUCGCAGUACCCGCAACUUUUUCCUGUGGGAGACCAGUAUUUUCACUGGCCUCAUCAGCUACACUAGUCCAGAAAUGUUUAAAUACCUGAAUGAGAAACGAUGUACAUUCAUCGAUUUUGGGAUGAUGGACACAACAACUAUGGUAUUUUACCGUACAAACAAGACAUGGAUGGGGGUGAUGAAACCAUGGUUAAAAUGUGCUUUUAAUAAAGAUUGUAUCACUCCACCUACAGCUCGAAACAGUGAAUGUUUUCAUUAUAGAAGGCCGAAAUGGACAGGAUGUCAUUGGUAUGACCAAUCAGCAUUUAGCAUCAUUAUAAAUCGUGUGUUCCAGUUCAGUACCCAUCCCGAUCAGUAUUCUGUGCCUCGAUUCACUCACUCUCAUAUUGAAGAAAAUGAGGAAUAUUAUUUCCCAGAACAACCAUGGACAAACAAACAGUUGUUUUUACUGUCUGUGACACCGUUCAUCAUUUGUGGUAUCGUCUAUUAUUCGUGUUUAAAGAGAAAAAGAGCAUCAGACCCUCUACUACCUAGUAAGUCUUUUUAUAACAAGCGGUAA